AAUAAUUCUCAAUCUCAGCUUAUUUGUACUCCAAACAGGCUGCAAUCUGUAUUUCCAGUGCAAAAGUUUCCUACCAUUAAGCACAUUGAUAUGAAGGCAUCUUUAUUUCUUCUAUUUGGUGUGGUCCUCCUCACAGGAAGGCAGGAUGUCGUGGAGGGUCAAGCUAUCUCGGGUGGGAUGACCAUUGGGGAUGCUACAGAAUUCUGUGAGCGUGCCGUGCCAGCCCAUUGUGUCUCCACGACCUGUCCCCUCUUCUGCAACACCCUCCGCUCUCGGCGACAACGCACCCUCUGCAAUUCUGGCUGCACCCCCUCCGGUCGUUGCCUUCUCCGCCCCGUCGCCGCCGGAGACGAUCCCACCAACCGAAUCCUCGACGCUCAGAACCGUGACCAACUCUUUGCCUGCAUUGCCGAGAAACGAGACCCUGCUGGAAGCACGACUGGAAGAAGAAUGACCACGUGGGAAAAACUUCGGUCUCCCAGUUUCAAAAAGGCUACGCGAAUUUAAAUUACGGAAUUAAAUUAUAGAGGCAAAUAGAUGAUUUCAUGACAAGGAAUUAGGAAAGGAUUUUUCCCCUAUAUUGGACUGAUACUACUUAACCUUGUGUUUCUAUAAACAUUAAACAUAUAAUAAAUUAUGAUUAUGUACCUAA